CUUCAGCCAGCCCAAGUGAUGCUGAGCACUUGCUCCUUCCCCCUCCCCUCCAAGCAUUGACAUGAGAGUGGAGGAUUUAACUUGGCAGCUUGAACAAAUACUCCCUCAAAGGUUUCCAAGAGACAGUAAGAGAGCAGGAAUGGAUGAAUGCCUGGGUGAAGUCUUGGGGUGCUACCUAACUGGGUUUCCUUUCAAAGAGGAGGCGGCUGCUUGGAAACUGACUCAAGCUGUGUUUCUUGGGGCUUAUAAAAUUCUCCAGGGCAAAAGCCUGUGCAGAGUGGGACUCUUGGCUGCCUUGGUGAGGCAGAGUUUUUCUAAGGGAGCUUUGCACAUCCCUGGACUCAUCUUGAGACAGCAAGGUGGGAUCUGGUCUUAGAAAUUGGGAAGGUUAAUGAUGGAAUGGCCUCCACAAAGAUCUAAUGAUUAUCUUUCAUAUAACAGAGGAGGAGGAGAGGUGGCUACAGGAGAGAAUUACAGGGGUAACAGUGACCCGGUGUGCGGUUAGCUUAUGAAAGGGUCUGCACUGGACCAAGGUUUGAGAGGGUGUUCUGCUGGAGUCUCGCUAGAUUAGCAAGAAAUUACCAUUACUUGGCCUUUCUUUGGCACCUGUAAAUGCUAACUUUUCUCCCCUCGUGGUUUUACGGAUGUGUAGAAGAAAGGAAAUGUUGGGCUCUGCCUUGAGACUCAAGCAAAGAGACAAAACAAAAAUAUGGACUACUGACUUGGCUUAUUCUCCAGCAACCAUACACACUGUAAGCUGGGCUUAUAAGCAGGCAUUUUGCCCAGCUGCUUUGGGUAAGCAAGCCUGACAGGGAAGUCUGACAAAAGUUGAUUCUCUUUCUUCUUGGGCCACAAGUGACUAACCCAGGGUUGUUUAGACAGGUGGGCCGGUAAGUGUACUUUUAAAAGUGUAAAGUUGUGCAGGAUAAAAGUUUCUACUUGUUUGUAUUAUGAAAACAUGGAAUUAGGAGCUGGGAGAUGAAAGCUCCUUAGUCCUGCCAGGUUGUCUUUUAAGUUACAAGUGAUUAACACAUGUGUGUUUGUGUGUGUGUUAGGUGUUGUUGUUUGUUUAAGUGGGUUAUUCCACUUUGGUAGACUUGUUUACAAGGGUGGUGUGCAAUAAAAGUCAGGAAUAUCUGGGGUGUGCGUACACGGAGGCUUGGGAAAGGGGGUGAGUUACUUUGUGUGCACCUAAGACCAAUUGUCUGUCUCCCUUUAAGGAAAAAAAUGGGAUUCAUUUUGCAGAGUUGGUUUCUACCUCCAACUUCUCUCUCUCUCUCCCCCUCCCCUCCCCCCUUCUUUUGAUCAAGGCAAAUUUACUACCACAUCAAUCUUUCUUUGGCAGGACCUGAUUCAGGUUUAUGAAUGCCAGAAGACUUGGGCUGACCUUUUUCUGUUCAAGUCGAGGAUGUUGAAACACCCGUCAUCAAACAAAAGGCACAUUGAAAGCAAGAUCUUGCAAAAGAGCACGUGUGACUUUCAGACUGGUUGCAUGAAUUGGGUUGAUGCUGUCUUUCUCUGGGUUUGGGGUGUAUGAAGGCUGGGGUGUAGGGAGACAGAGGUCACUUUAAAGCAGUGCUGCAAAAUUUGGAACUGUUCAUAUGGCAUAGAUUACAAAUAGAAGACUAAGAAAAAUCACAUCUUUAUGGCUUGUACAUUUAAAAGGCCAUGCACAAAAGGGUGAUAACGCCAGAUCUGCCGGCCUCUUCGCUGCCAGCUCCCUUCCUCCGUUUCUCUGUGUUUAAGAGCGCCUGAAACCUAAUUGACGGUGGCCUCUUCAGAGAGUUAAAAGUGUACAUUUGAUGGCCAGCUGUUGAAUGUGUGAACCCAGCUUGACCGGGAAAGUACUGCACUUGAGGUGCUGUGAAGGGUGUCCCUGAUGGUGGAUCUGGUCUGCUCACCCCUACAAGCAUUCACACAACACAGCCAUCAAGUGAUGAAAAUGCAUGCAUGAAUACGCUGCGUUGGAAGAGCUUCAGUGGACUUGGCGGACAGGCAGCUAGUCCGUAGUAUUACUGGAAAAGUCUGAGGAAUUAACUGUACCAGAUACAUUGUCAUCAAGCUGUGUAUCUUACCAGUCCCGUCAAGAGUGAGAUCCACUUCAGACCAGCAGUUUUUGCUCCUCAAUGCUGAACCACUUAAAGGAAAAUAGAUCCUGUUAUGUGAAACUCCAAAGGGCCUAGUUCAUAGCUGCUGUUGGACAAAGAGGUGCUUGUGGUACACUCAGCUUGAGGGAUUUUAAUGGCUUUCAGGUAGAAUCCAAGUGGAGACAAUCAAAAUGAAUUCUAUGGACAGGCACAUACAGCAGACCAACGAUCGGCUGCAGUGCAUAAAGCAGCACUUGCAGAAUCCUGCCAACUUCCACAAUGCAGCUACAGAACUCUUGGACUGGUGUGGAGAUCCGAGAGCGUUCCAGAGGCCCUUCGAGCAAAGUCUGAUGGGCUGUUUGACGGUUGUUAGCAGAGUGGCAGCACAGCAGGGAUUCGACCUGGACCUCGGAUACAGGCUGCUGGCCGUUUGCGCAGCGAACAGGGACAAGUUCACACCAAAAUCAGCUGCUCUGCUCUCAUCGUGGUGUGAAGAGCUGGGCCGGCUCUUGCUGCUGCGGCACCAGAAAAGCCGGCAAAGUGACCCUCCGGGAAAGUUACCCAUGCAGCCGCCGAUGAACUCCAUGAGCUCAAUGAAACCCUCCCUUUCACACAGGUGCAUAUGUGACGGCUGCCACCUUGACAGACCCCAGAGGUUGAAACGGGGACCUCCAGAGCUGAAAGCUGAUGGCUCUUUCCCUUAUGACUCUGUUCCCUGGCAGCAGAACACCAACCAACCCCCAGGCUCCCUGUCGGUGGUCACUACAGUAUGGGGUGUGACUAACACCUCCCAGAGUCAGGUGCUGGGAAACCCCAUGGCAAAUGCCAACAAUCCUAUGAACCCAGCAGGAAACCCUAUGGCUUCGGGGAUGACAACCAGCAACCCAGGCAUGAAUUCACCUCAGUUUGCUGGCCAGCAGCAGCAGUUCUCCGCCAAGGCGGGCUCCAGCCAACCAUAUAUCCAGCAGGGCAUGUAUGGGCGGCCCAACUAUCCAGGGAGUGGAGGAUUUGGGGGAAGCUACCCAGGAGGCCCCAGUAACCCUGCAGGAAUGGGGAUCCCAUCCCACACCAGACCACCCGCUGAUUUCACUCAACCAGCUGCUGCCGCCGCUGCAGCUGCAGUAGCAGCUGCUGCCGCCACCGCCACUGCCACUGCCACCGCCACCGUUGCAGCCCUUCAGGAAACCCAGAACAAGGAAAUGAACCAAUAUGGACCGGUCUGUUCCUCUUUCCAGAUGGGUCCAACUCAGGCUUACAACAGCCAAUUCAUGAACCAGCCUGGCCCGCGCGGCCCCACCUCGAUGCCGGGCAGCAUGAACCCUGCGACCAUGGGAGCAGGCAUGGCGCCCUCCAGCAUGAGUGGGCCCCCCAUGGGCAUGAACCAGCCCAGGCCCCCCGGGAUGAGUCCCUUCAGCCACGGGCAGAGGAUGCCGCAGCAGCCCUACCCUGGUCCGCGCCCCCAGUCCUUGCCCAUGCAGGGCAUGAAGAGGCCCUACCCGGGAGAGCCAAACUAUGGAAACCAGCAGUAUGGACCAAAUAGCCAGUUUCCAUCCCAGCCUGGUCAGUAUCCUGCUCCCAAUCCUCCGCGACCCCUGACCUCUCCCAACUACCCUGGACAAAGGAUGCCAAACCAGCAAAACACUGGGCAAUAUCCUCCCCCAGCCGUCAACAUGGGACAGUAUUACAAGCCCUCAAGACCCGUUCCUGUGGCAAAUUACCCUCACUCGCCUGUUCCAGGAAACCCCACGCCACCAAUGACUCCAGGGAGCAAUAUUCCUCCAUACCUGUCCCCUAAUCAGGAUGUCAAACCGCCUUUCCCACCUGAUAUUAAGCCAAAUAUCAAUACUUUGCCGCCACCUCCAACCAGCCACAAUGACGAACUGCGCCUGACGUUCCCCGUGAGAGACGGGGUGGUAUUAGAGCCCUUCCGGCUGGAACACAACUUGGCGGUCAGCAAUCACGUCUUUCACCUACGACCCACCGUUCAUCAGACGCUCAUGUGGAGGUCUGACUUGGAGCUACAGUUCAAGUGCUACCACCACGAAGACAGGCAGAUGAACACCAACUGGCCGGCCUCGGUCCAGGUCAGCGUCAACGCGACUCCACUUACCAUCGAGCGGGGCGACAACAAGACGUCGCAUAAACCCCUGCACCUAAAGCAUGUCUGCCAGCCAGGAAGAAACACGAUUCAGAUCACCGUCACAGCGUGCUGUUGCUCACAUUUGUUCGUAUUGCAAUUAGUACACCGGCCCUCGGUCCGUUCUGUACUUCAAGGCUUACUAAAGAAACGUCUCCUUCCAGCUGAACACUGCAUCACGAAAAUCAAGAGGAAUUUUAGUAGUGUGGCAGCUUCGUCUGGCAAUGCCACCCUCAAUGGCGAGGAUGGAGUGGAGCAGACGGCUAUCAAGGUGUCUCUAAAGUGUCCAAUCACAUUCCGGCGGAUUCAGCUUCCAGCGAGAGGCCAUGAUUGCAAACAUGUACAGUGCUUUGACCUGGAAUCCUACUUGCAGCUGAACUGUGAACGAGGGACAUGGAGGUGUCCGGUAUGCAAUAAAACAGCUCUGCUGGAAGGCCUGGAAGUUGACCAGUACAUGUGGGGCAUUCUAAACGCUAUACAAAACUCUGAGUUUGAAGAAGUCACAAUUGACCCAACAUGUAGCUGGAGACCCGUCCCAAUCAAGUCGGACAUUCACAUCAAAGAUGACCCAGAUGGCAUUCCUUCCAAGAGGUUUAAAACCAUGAGUCCUAGCCAGAUGAUCAUGCCUAAUGUGAUGGAGAUGAUAGCCGCAUUGGGUCCAGGCCCAUCACCUUAUCCAUCAAUCCCUCCUCCACCUGGCGGCACUAAUUCCAAUGAAUACAGUAACCAAGGUAAUAGCUACCAAGGUCACAGCAAUUUUGAUUUUCCACAUGGGAAUCCUGGUGGAACGUCCAUCAACGACUUCAUGCAUGGACCCCAGUUGUCACAUCCUCCAGACAUGCCCAGUAGCAUGGCAGCUCUUGACAAACCCUUAAGUCACCCCAUGCAAGACCCCAUCUCUCAUCCCGGCAACACCGAUCAGCCCCAUAGCUCCAUGCAGCAAGGUUUGCACGUCCCUCAUCCCAGCAGCCAGUCAGGGCAGCCAUUACAUCACAGCGGUCCUCCGUCCCAGCAGUCCCGCCAGCCACCACAGGCCGCUUCUAGCAACCAUCCACACAAUGACCUGGCCUUUAACCCCUCCUCAGCCUUAGAAGGGCAGGCUGGUGGGCAGGGGACAUCUGACAUGCCGGAGCCUUCGCUGGAUCUGCUUCCAGAACUCACGAAUCCAGAUGAGCUACUUUCAUACCUAGAUCCCCCCGAUUUACCAAGCAAUAGCAAUGACGACCUUCUCUCUCUUUUUGAGAACAACUGAAGCCUUCUGUAUUUUGCCUCCAACACCUCUCACUUGUUUGACACAUCUGUAGCUUCACAGUGAGGAAUCCCAAACCACCCUUUCCCACGAGGACAAACUCACAGCUUGAGCAACUGGUGCACAGUCCCUGUUUUCUUCAUCUCAAAACUGCUUGAGUGGAGCUCCAUUGUGGUGGGGCAAAGCAAGAGGACAAUGCAGUGGGGGACCUCCUAGACUGCCACUCGACAUCACAAAUGGUUUGUGCAACUGUGGAAAACCUCACUUGUUAAUUCUGCAGAGAGAUGGAGAAUGGGUUUUGGGAUAGAUGUAGUGACAAAUAUCCCACCGGAAACCAGUUUCAGCAAAGGAAGGAAGAAAAGGCAACAGAACGGUUCUAAUUGACCAGUUUCAGAAUGUCCUUCCAACUCAUGAUCUUCCAUGGGUUUCCCCCUUUUGCCGUAGCACCUGUUCCACUGUGUUCCUUCCCAAGUUGUGCAAGCUCUGGUCUGUACAUUCCUGUCAGACAGAAUAAGGACAUUUGGCAGCACUUUCAGACUAGCCAAACAAACUCGAAACCAUAAAACACAUACCAAAAAGCACAAAAAAAUCAAUAAAGUUGUCACAAGUAGGAUAAAAAUACAAAAUGCAUCAAAGGGAGGAGUCUGUUGUUUGGGCAGUACUUACUCCAUGGAGGAAGAGUCCUGCGAAUCUCCAGGCUGUGGCAAGCGUGUUUUUCUAAACUCUAGCAAUCCUUCUUUGAGUAACCUUGUGGGCAGAGUAACUCAUUUGGUUUAACAAGGAGACUUGGAUAUUUGUUUUCUCCCGUCUCCCUUUUUCAGCUUUUUUCCCUCGAGGGAUUUGGUUCAAAUGGCCACCUUUUGUGAUAAUAUAGAAGCCAACUAUUUUUUAAAAGGGGGAGGGGUAUGAAGAACCAUAUUGGUAUACGAAGGGGGGAAAGCAAAAAAGCAAAAUGCUGUCACUGAGAGCUUUCCAUUUUCUAACCAGCGCAAUUAGACCGUCACUCAGUUCCUAGCAGGGAAUGGUGGCAAAGUUACGAAAAAGGAGGUGAAGGCGGUUCGUGUUGUUUCAUGUAACUGAUUCAAAAGGCUUUUGCAAUGGGAGAGGCACCUUGCACCCCCUCAUCGUUUGGUAUGCGUUUUCCAGCUUGUCUUAAGCCGUUCAGCCGUUUUAUUUCCUUUUUCACGUUCGUUGAAUCAUGUCGCUGCCAGGACCUUCCCCCUCCCGUCAGAAAGGUAUUUCCAAGGAUAAUGGGCCUGGGAAGAAGCCCGUUUGGUACAAUAGUACUGCAGGCCCGCACGUCGCUCGGCUUCCAUGGUCUCUCCGCUUCUCAUGUGGUUGCUUCCCUCCUGCAUGAGCUUCCAGGUGCUUGUGGGCCCAUUUUCGUGCUCUCUUUAUAAAUUAUGUAUAGUAUCUGUAUGUUAAGACGUCCAUGUGUGCCAACUCGGCCCUUCCGGGCCAACAUUUCAUCAUCUGCCUUCUAUGGACAGAUCUUGCAUUUUUGUGAAUAAAGAAACGGUGAUUGCUUCCUUCCCUUCCCAGAAUCAAAUCCAGUGCCCCCAUAUUCCAUUUCCACAGUAGGCUUUCGACUUUGUGCCAGAUGAACUCUUGCUUGUUGGUGUCAGUGUGUAAGCGCCACCCACCUGCCCUCUGUGAAUGGCAUGAUGUGUGCAUUCCAUUCCGAACUUGCUCUCGUCACCAAAGUCACGCUUGUAAAUCCUGAGCAUUUGUUCUUUGCAUCAACCCCACUGCUGUAUAUGCAUCUUGUUUUAUAUAUAUAAAUAUAAAUAUAUGCUAGUCCACAGCACCUUGCUGUAGAUAUUACAGGAAAUGGCAGUUUUAGUUCCUCUAUUAUUUUCCAGUAGAUGUGUUGAAUUUGUAAAACAUUUUAUGUAGAAAUGAUCUUCCAUUUACUUUCUCCCCACCACCCUUUCAUUGAGGUUUUCUCUAUUUUUUUCCUCAAAAGAAGUGCUGUUCAUUAUGCAAAAUCAGUUAUUUUAAGAAUUGCUAUUGUAAAUACCUUUUGUGAAUAUGUUAGUAUCAUCUUUGAUUAUAAUAUUCAACAUUUUCAUGAUCUGAUUAUACGUUUGUUUUUAACUAGUCCAGGAAAAAGUGGGUAUUUUUUGUGUGCGUGUGUUUUGUUUUGGUAAAGGGGUCUUGGACUACAGGAGCAUUUACUUUUCCCUUUGAUAAAUUAGCCCCUAUCAGUUUCACAGACAAAUAUAAUACAACUGGCUGGUGUCCUGAACUGUCACGCAAAGAAAUAGUAAAGAGCUUAACUAUCUUAGCAUAAAUAACUCGAGAAGCUAUUUUCGAAGCUCUUCCUUAUCUCUCUUAGAAAAUGACACUGUCCUAUGCACAGGAGAGGGGAAAGUAGUACAAGAUAUAUUUUAUUAUCUUAUAUGCACGGCAAAGACUCUCUGCCAUCGGACUCCUGGGUCGUCAAAUGGUUCUUCAACCGGGAUGGGGUACCGCUGGCACACGGAUGCUUAGCAGCGCCUUCCCUUAGAAAUGCAGUACCGCUUGUUUUUUCUACACUCGUUUCCCCCUGUAUUUUGCUGCAGCAUUUUCGUGUCUAUGGAAACGAUUUGUAUGGGCAGCUGACUUUUUAUUGCUCUUUUUAAAGCUAUGUAGACACAGUCCUGUAACCAUUAAACCAGGCACGUCACACCUGUCCGAGCUACCUGCAGGAGCCCACCUGGUCCCCCGUCAUCUAGCAGGUUCAGCAGGUGACUGGUUGACUGGUAUCUCUCUUGUGUAGGCCUUUUAAGCCAUAAAUUGUCUUUCAUCUGUUCAGAUUCUCACUGAUUUUCUAAGAUUGCUCCUCUGCGGUUGUGUACGCCUCUCGCUACACGAAUUACUUGAAGGGAUUUUUCUUCUGUUUAACUGGAAACAGAACCAUUUAAAAGUAGAUGCAUUCAGGACUUUUUAAUUUUUAAUUGUUUGGCUAAUGGCAAUCUAAAUGCAUCAUAGAAAAAAGUACUUGUUGGAGGAGAGAAUCCCCCGAAACCUAAUGAACAUAGAUUGUUUUAAGGCUUUCCAUUAUUUGAAGAUGUAUUUCCACUAGGAAAAGAAAUAUGCAUUUUGGACUGCUCUAGAUCUAUGUGGACUGAUCAGGUCUGCAGAAAGGGAACGCAAGUUGACUGAACACAAGGGCUAUCUGAGCUGGGUUUGUGCACAAGGGAAAGUAGCUGCUAAGAUCCCAACAUGUACUUCCUUUAUAUUUUAUCAAAGGGCAUAUUUAUCCAUAGGGCAUCCUUUGUGAAGUCAGCCCAGAAUGCCUGAUCUACACCUCCAAACACACACACAGAUUACUCAUCAGCAUAUUACUAUCGGGACUGUUUUAGGGUAGAGCAAAUGAAAAGUUAAUUUUAAUCUGCUCACUGUCAUCACAUUAGAAUGUGGAGAAAACCUACUAAACAAUGUGCAGUGUGAUCCUAUGCAAGUCUACUCUAAAGUAAGCUCCAUUAAGUUCAAUGAGACUUACACCCAGGUAAGAGUAUAGGAUUGCAGCCUUAAUGAAAUACUUUGUUUUAGAAGGCAAGCUGAUAUCCCCACAGCAUAUUUUUACUUCCUGUGUCAGGGGCAUUUGGUUUGAGUUAGUUUAAUUGUUUCCCUAUAGACACCCACCUAGAAGAAAAACUCACUGAGAUUUAUAGUUCUACUGCCAAGACAUCAUUAUUACUAUAUGAUGAUGAAAACACACCAAUGUCUGCAGUGGAGACUCCAGGGACAUCUGUACAUAUGUAAAUGGGAAAUAGAGACAUGUUAACAGAAAUGCAUUCAUUUUCCUUGGAAUGUGCAUUGUUUUUAUUUUGCAGGAAAAAUUAAAGCUUGAAGAUCCAUCUUAUGUGGAAAAUGAAUCCUGUUUGUUAGCGUUUGUGAAGUCUCCACAUUUGUUUCACUUCUUGUAAGAUACUCUGGAUCCUUUGUGAAAAGAUUUUUUGUUGCUUUUUUGUUUUACCUUCUUGUAAUAAUUAGCUUAAGUGUACUAGUCUUAUCACCUGUGUAUUUUUAGGGUGCUACAAAAAUAAUGAAGAAAAUAAGGGGAUUAAAUAAUAAAAGAUUGUAACCAAAUUCAUACUUUGUACAAUUUUUUGAUAUUGUGAUCAGAGGAGAAUUUAAAAAAGUACAAUCUGAAUUAACAUGCAAAAAUGGCCAUUGUCUUUGUUUGUACAUUGUAUGUACAGUACAAUGCAAUCAUUUCAUACUUUAAAACUGGUCAGAAAAAAUAAUUGUGAUUUUUAGUCUUGCAAAACUGUAUGUAGUUAGAUGAUGUGACAACCUAAUAUUUAUCUAAUAAAUAUGUAUUCAAAUGAAACCUGUA